AGAAGAGGCUGCGGUCACGUGAAGGGAGUCAGUAAAAGGCAAGCCAGCGUUCCAGAUGGCUGAGUCUGGUGUUGAUGUCUUUGCUGAGCUGCAGCAGCAGAGGCUGGUGGGGCUGCGGACCAGGUUGCAACGCUGGCGGAGGGGCGGGAGAGCCGAUGAUGCCUUCUUAAUACGGGCUUCUGCUACGCUGGAAUGCUUGACAGACCUAUCCAAAGAGCCUAGAGAAAACAACACACUUCCCAAGUUUGUACAGCUUUAUACACAGACUGUACUGGAUAUCACAUAUUUUGAGGAAAACCAGCUUGUGGAUGAAGACUUUCCAGAAGAGUCUUCUUUGCAGAAAGUUCAAGAAUUAAUUAAUGUGCUUUCAGAGCCAGAACUCUUGGUCAGUGAAACCAGCACAUCUCAAGAACCACUAUCAGUGCUUGGUACAGAAUUGCUGGAAUGUCUUUACUGGAGGAGAGGGGCUUUACUCUACAUGUUUUGUCACACUAUUAAAGGAAGGAAAGAAUGGUUGACAGAGAAGAUUGAUAUGCUUAAAAAGUUUCUUAAUGAAGGAAUCCAUUACUUGGUGACAAUGCUUGGAUUUAGAUGUUCUGAUAACUCAGAUGAAGAAUUCUUAUUUGAGGAUGUGGACACAGCUAGACUGAUCCAUGAAGGCAUAUAUAGUGAUACUCAUCUACUAGCUAUGAUGUACUGUGGAGAAAUGUGUUACUGGGGACUGAAGUACUGUGGAAAAGGAAAGGAACAAAUUCAAAGCACAGAUCCCAAAUCAAACGGCAAACCACCCAGCAUCUUGUACGGCCGGGAUCUGGAUUUUCGAGAGACGGGAGAGAGAAUGUUGCAGAAAUAUAUAACUGUAUGUGAAGGACCUUUAAGACUACAUGAUUGGGAUACAAAAAACGCAAAGCGCAUACUGGACUAUUUUCAGCACUUAUCAGCCUAACUGUCUUAAGAAGAUUUACAUUCCAAAAACGGAAAGACAUUAUUAAUUUGGGGGGGGUGGAUAUGCCUCAAAAUAUCUAACAUUUCAGUGCAUGUCCUGACUUAAACUGUACAGGGAUUGAUUAAUGCCAUAGCUUACUAUAUUUCUGUACCUUAAUAUAAAUCUGGAGUGACCUUCCGGAUAUUUUUUUGGCUUACAGCUUCCAUCAGCCCUAACCAGCACCGCCAAUGGUGAGGAAUUGUGGGAGUUGGUUUCCAAAACCAUCUGGAGGGCUGAGAGAGAAAGGCACAUAUAGAAAUGACUGGAAGUCUGUUUCUUACUUUGAAAAACAAAAGCACAAGAGAGCAGAGAUCUCAAGAUACUCAUUGAUGGCUUCCUUAGCUGAAAAGCUUAACAUUUUACAAAUGCUUCUACAGGAUAAAGUCCGAAUGCAGAAACUUCUGAGCAAGGAAAUUCAGUACCAUUUGAAAUGAAAACCAAAACAGCUAGAAAGGGGACAAGCAACUCCAGUGUUGUAUUUUACCUACCUUUGGUUUAGAGUGAUCCUUCUGCAACUACUACAGCCAAAGGCUUUGGUGAUGUAGAUUUAGUUUGCCUUAAUAGACUAUCAGAUGGGGAUGAUAGUUGGAGGAACCAUAGGUGGCUGUUGUGGCAAAACAUGUACAAGAUAUAUUUAAAGUGAUGGUGACAACCAAUUACUGUUAUUUCUGCCCAGUCAUGAACAACUCUUGAUGCUAAUUGCAUAAGCAUAUUCAGCUGAAAUUUACCUGAAACAUCCAUCAUAAGCUCUGUCAUUACAGAUUGGGAUAAUACAAAGCAGUCAUGUAGACAGUGAAUUCAACAAAAUGUCCAGAUAGCCUUGGGCUAUAAAAUCCAUGGAGCAAGGAAUAAUAUUUUUGCUGUUAUUUGGAAUAAUGAAUGCAGAAAUAAAAACAAUACAUGGAUGAAUA